GAGAGGGAGUUCUACCUGGUUAAAUGGAAGGGUUACCCAGAUCACAUGAACACCUGGGAGCUGAGAAAAAACUUCAGGUGUGUGGAGCUCCUACGUCAGUUCUGGGACGAUGUCUUCCUGGAGCUGCAGAGACAGAAAAAGACUGUAGUCCCCAACCGGUUUGAACCAGAGCUGUCCUCUUACCUGGAGCAGAGAGCCAGGCAGAGGCAGACCCUGCAGAGGUGGGAGGCCCAGAUCAACAGUGUCGGGGGCCUCAAACACAUCCUGGUCCUAAACCGUGUGGACCUGGAGGGCCCUCCAAAGAACUUUACCUACAUCAACGGAUAAGGUGUGGGUGAGGGCAUUUCGGUGACAACGGUGGCAGUGGGGUGCGAGUGCACCAGCUGUUUGGAGAACCCUGUGGGCGGUUGCUGCCCAGGAGUAUCGGGCCAUGGCUUUUCCUACAACGAGUAUGGGCGGGUGAAGGUUAAGCCUGGGGAGCCCAUGUAUGAGUGCAACCAGAAGUGUCGCUGUGGACCAGACUGCCCCAACAGAGUGGUACAGGAAAGGAUCCAGCACGUGCGCACCUCUGAGCAUAUCAAAAUGCAUUCCUUCGUCAUGGAGUAUGUCGGAGAGAUCAUCACUACAGAGGAGGCAGAGAGGCGGGGUCAGGUCUAUGACAGUGUUAGUGUUCAUUUCCUCGUUUCCUUAUCAAUCAGUUACUCAUUGGUGAAAUUAGCAUUAUGACAAUAUCUUUAAUUAAAUAAUUCAAAAACCUUUAUUAAUGCAAUUGCAGACAGAAGUUGACAAACAGGAACAUAGCAUGAAUGUUGCUGAGUAAGUUCUGCAUCCAACAAAAGGUCUCCAGUUGUUUUAUUAAACCCUAAGUCACG